AUGAACUUUCUUAUUAUUGUCGUGGCACUCGUUGCUGCGCAAGGCGGGUUUAUCUUCGGUUUUGAUUCUGGAAUCAUCGCGACAACGUUCGGCCAUGAUAGCUUUAAGCUUAAGAUGUAUGGGCCUGCCAUGGUCAACACGGCUUAUACAGGUGCCAUAGUCUCUGUCUAUAAUGCAGGGCAGGCAAUUGGCGGCAUGACGGCUGGUUAUCUUGCGGACAAGUUCAGCAGAAAGUACACAAUCUUAAUUGCCUCCAUUCUCACCAUUAUUGGCUCUGUCCUUCAAUGUGCUGCGACAGGAGUCGGAAUGAUGAUCGCAGGCCGUCUUAUUGCUGGUAUCGGCUGUGGAGAGAUUCUCACUGUCGUGCCCACUUAUCUCGCAGAAGUCGCACCGCCUGCUCGUCGCGGUUUCCUCGUUGGGCUUCAGGGAAUGAUGAUUGCCAUUGGUUUCGGCGCAGCGAACUGGGUUGGGUACGCUGGUGCUUUUGCUCCUGGAGAUGCUCAGUGGCGGAUUCCUUUGGCAAUGCAGCUCCCGAUUCCCAUCUUGCUCUCUGUCAUGCUCUUCUUCGUACCUUUCUCUCCCCGUUGGCUCAUCCUUCGUGACAGAUACGAAGAAGCCAGGAGUGUCCUGGCAAGUCUGCAUGGGACGGCUGACAACGACGACUUGGUCGACCGAGAGUUGAUCCAAAUUCGUGAGCAAAUCUUGAUGGAGCGACAGCAAGGCAACAUGAACUGGUUCACGGCAAUCCGGCAGAUGUUCUCCGCCAAGUACAUCCGCCGCACGCUUACGGCGGCAUUCAUCAUCACCAUGGGCCAACUCAGUGGCUCUUCCGUUAUUCAAAAUUUCCAGAACAUCUUUUACGCCACAGUUGGAUUCACAGGCCGUACAGCUUUGCUUAUCAGCGGCGCGUAUGGAAUGAUGGGUAUCUUUGGGCAAAUCAUCUAUCUGGUGGUAGUGGCAGAUCGCUGGCCUAGAACUCGCACUCUUUGGAGCGGUUCCUUAGUUCUGAGUGCCAUGAUCGCUCUUUGCAUGGCUCUUAGUGCGGUCUAUGGAAGCAAGAGCAACGAGAACGCUGCGGGAGCUCGAGCUGCGAUUGGGGCGAUAUUUAUUUACUCCAUGUGCUAUGCCAUCUUCUUCAACGCAAUGGUGUGGGUUGUUCCGUCGGAAUUGUUUCCUUUCUUCCUUCGAACCAAAGGUCUCGCAUUCGCUGUCGCCACAAAGUCGGUUACCGCCAUUAUUCUUUCACAAAUCACGCCGCUCGCCAUUGCAUCCGUCAGUUGGAGGUACUACUCUCUUUUCAUCGCGACGAAUCUUGCUGCAGCCGUCUUCUAUUUCUUCUUCCUCCCUGAAACGUCUGGGAAAUCGUUGGAAGAGAUCGCGGAGCUUUUUGGAGAUGAUCUUGCCACCAAUCGACUUGGAGAGCUUGACGUGGACGCGAAAAACGGGAUUGGACCUGGAACGGAGUUUCACGAGUUUUCAGAGAGACAACCGGAGACCCAAAACCAAGAUAAUACUCAGCGGGUAUAG